AUGCAUGAUAUCGUAUCACUCUGCAUGAAUCAUCAAAAUUCUGACUCCAUCGAAUCCGGUUUGAAGCCGAAACUGGCCCGCUACGGUGAAGAAAACAAUUAUAACAUAAUGACACCUAAUGGACAGGCACAGCGCAUCAUGUUCGUCAAUGGCGAGCACGACCCGUACUUGGGCACGACCGUCUCUGCCAAGAACCGGCCUGGCGGACCGCUGGUGAGCACCCCCAACGUUCCCGUCUGGAUCAUCAAAAAUGGGACUAACUGCAACGACGUUGUGGUGAUUGGUAACAAGGAGGCGAACCCUGCUUUUGCCACCGUCAUUACGGAGAUGGUGGCGAAAAUGAAGGCUUGGGUGGACGAGCAUCCGUCGCCAAAUUGGAACCAAGUCGGAAGCGCCCUCGAGCGCGUUCUAGGGGACGGGCGAGAAACAAACGAGCAGCUUGAAGAGUUGACAUGGGAUUAA